AUGUAUACUUUUUUCCCAGUGAAAUGGGUGUAUUUGAGCGCGUUAUUGAUUUUCGAAUUGGGUUCGCUGAUCUGUGGCAUUGCCCCCUCAUCCGUGGUCUUCAUCAUCGGACGAGCUAUCUCUGGAUUCGGAGGAGGGGGGCUUUUUUCUGGCUCGCUAGUCAUCAUCUCUGAAUGUGUGCCGGUGCGCCGUCGUCCGGCCUUUUCGGGCUUGAUCAUGGGCAUGUUUGCUGUGGCAAGCAUAGUUGCACCAUUGCUCGGAGGUGCAUUCACCGAUCAUCUUACCUGGCGAUGGUGCUUCUACAUCAACCUACCCCUUGGUGCCAUCACAGCUGUAACUGUUUUCUUCACCUUCCAGAGCACCGACCCGAUUGUCCCGGCCACUCGACGAGAGAAGUUAUGGGGCUUGGAUCCACUGGGGACACUGUUCUUUUUACCUGCGAUCGUGUGCUUGCUCCUGGCACUGCAAUGGGGCGGCGCUGUGUACUCAUGGGCAGAUGGUAAAAUUAUCAGCUUGCUCGUGGUCUUCGGAGUACUGCUUGUUUGUUUUGUUUGCCUUCAAUUCUACGCUGGCGAGAAGGCGAUGCUGCCACCACGACUGCUUCACAACCGCAACAUCUGGGGUUCCGCCCUAUUUUCCUUCUGCAUGAAUAGCUCUAUGUUUAUUUUCGUCUACUACCUCCCAAUCUGGUUCCAGGCCGUGAAAGGUGCCUCGGCCACAAAAUCAGGCCUGAUGAACCUUCCGUUCAUUCUUUCCAACAUUCUAUUGACUAUGGUCUCCGGAGCCGUGGUCACGUUGAUUCGAUAUUAUAGCCCAUUUAUGUUCCUUAGCGCAACCAUGGUCUGUAUAAGUUCUGGCCUCCUUACCACACUCACUCCGACCGCUGGUUCAGCAAAGUGGAUUGGAUAUCAAAUCUUUCUUGGAAUAUCCGUUGGAAUAGGCUUCCAACUUCCCAUCUUUGUCGUACAGACUACUCUCGCCGCUGCCGACGUGCCUACCGCCACAGCUUUGAUGACAUUCAUCCCGCUUUUGGGCGGCUCGGUGUUCGUGUCGGUGGCGCAGAGUCUAUUCCAAAGCUCUUUGGUUGGCGGGUUGAAUGUCCAGUUACCAGAGUUGGAUGCUACAGUCGUGCUGGCAGCGGGUCCAACAGGGUUGCGGGAUAGUUACGAGGGGGAUACACUGCAGAAGCUGUUAGGAGUUUACAAUGAAGCGGUCAUGAGGACGUUUUAUCCGACCAUUGGAUUGGCGGCAGCUUCUUUGUUGGCAGCAACAGUGAUUCAGUGGCGGCCACUGAAGGUGAACACAAAUUGA